UGAAACUCCUACUUAAGACAUAAAAAUCAGUCCUUUCUUGUGGCAGCACCUGCUCUUUGGAACUCCCUGCCCCUUGACAUUAGGACCCAUCCAUGCAGCCCUACAGCGUGUGUGCAUGCUUGACGGUGCAUCAACUGAACUUCCGCCAUCCCACAACAGCGCUUAGUGGUUUUAGUGGGUCCCAGGCCUGCAAACAUUGAUGGAAACGUCCCAGGUCCCAGGCACAGCGGCCACCCCGAAGGAAAAGAGAGCCGACAAGCCUUUGAUCGGAAAGCAGGAGUGCCAGAAGUUGGGCAGGUGCCCUUCAGGCAGGCAGGGUUAAGCCAAAGCCUUCCAUCUGCCAUCAUUUCUUCUGUGAUGCACCUGUGCAAGGCACAGGAGCCUUGCCUCGCUGUGCAGCUGGCCGUCCUGCAGUUUGCAUUUAUAGGCGGGCUGAAAUCGAUUCCACAGCAUCGUGUGGGAACGCCCGGUGAAGCCUGCGAUCCUAUGUGCCGUGCCUUUGGUGGAAGCCUGCUUGGAGUCAGGGCUUGACUGCUGAGUGCUUGGGGCCUGGAUUAUAAUAAGCAAUGGCCCAAUACAAUGCAAGGAUAGCCUGGAAAGAGCUGGAGGACAGCGGUACGAAGGUCGCUUGGUAUUUCCUCCAUUUGCAAUGGGGCAUUAUCUCGCUCCGCCCUGUGUUUCGAUCGCACUGGCGAAAGUUGAGAGUGAAAGAUCUUCCCUCUCAGUUUUGCCACUUUUUCUCCUGAGAACUAAAUCAGCCUACCCUUUCCCUGAGGGCAGCUCUGCAGACUGCCAAUAAUUUUCUUCCCACGAAAGCCUUACGGCGCCGGCUUGUAUUUAAACAGAUGGCGAGUUGAUCGCUAGCCCCACAAUAAGUCGAGCGACAGAAGGUUGCACCAUUCCCUGCUCUCUUGCGCCCUCUGCCGCUAGUUGUGGGCUGUAGCCUGGAGCACGUUGAAGCACACAAAAGGCGAUACUCUCAGAAGAGUCUCGUGCACACGAAUUGUUGUAAAAAAAUAAAAAUAAAAAGCCCUGCAAUAUCUGUUUGUAUCAUGAUGAUUAAUCUCACCGCUGAAAAUCACCGUUUGAUGCUGAGUGACGGAAACAGUAUCCCUGUGGUUGGACUUGGGACUUACGCUGAUCCUAGGAAGACCCCUAAAGGCACUUGUGCAGAAUCUGUGAAAGCUGCCAUUGAUGCAGGUUAUCGCCAUAUUGAUGGAGCUUUUGUGUAUCACAACGAACAUGAAGUGGGACAGGCUAUUCGGGAGAAAAUCUCUGAAGGAAAAGUCAAGCGUGAAGACAUAUUUUACUGUGGCAAAUUGUGGAACACAUGUCACCCACCAGAACUGGUGCGCCCAACAUUGGAGAAGACAUUAAAGAUCUUGCAGCUGGACUACGUUGAUCUCUACAUUAUUGAGCUGCCAAUGGCUUUCAAGCCUGGAGAACGCAUCUACCCAAGGGAUGAAAAUGGGAAAUGGAUGUACCAUGAGACAAACUUAUGCGCCACUUGGGAGGCUUUGGAAGCCUGUAAAGAUGCUGGGCUGAUGAAAUCCAUUGGGGUGUCCAACUUCAACCGUAGGCAGCUGGAGAUGAUUCUGAACAAACCAGGACUUAAGUAUAAGCCUGUGAGCAACCAGAUUGAAUGCCACCCAUAUUUCACCCAGCCCAAACUUUUAGAAUUUUGCAGACAGCAUGAUAUUGUCCUUGUUGGGUACAGUCCUCUAGGAACAUCAAGAGAUGAGUCCUGGGUAAAUGUGACUUCCCCUCCAUUAUUAGAGGACCCCAUCCUGAAUGCAAUUGGGAAAAAAUACAAGAAGACAGCAGCCCAGGUGGCCCUCCGCUUCAACAUCCAGCGAGGAGUAGUGGUCAUUCCCAAAAGCUUCAACCCGGAGCGUAUUAGAGAAAACUUCCAAAUCUUUGAUUUUUCCCUCACUGACAAAGAAAUUAAGGACAUCGAAGCUCUGAAUAAAAAUAUCCGCUACGUGGAGAUGUUAAUGUGGCAGGACCAUCCAGAAUAUCCUUUCCAUGAUGAAUACUGAAAAUGGUGCAUCGGCUAGCUUGUGCUUGAUUUUAGUAAUUUUUGUUUGUUAUCUUUUAGUUUUGAAUUUAGUAACAGCACAACUUCUAUCUUUCUACAAGGCACAUGAUUGUUCCUUCCCCAAACCGCAAUGGUAUAUUCCAUGAAGAAUAUGGAACUUAAAGCCCACCCAGAAGAGUAUCUUCAAUUCAGUGUCCAAACACAACUUUCUUGUGAUUUACAUAGUGAUGGAAGAGAGCCAAAGGUUUGUUGUUGUUGUUUUUUAAGGUAGAGGAACUCUGUUUCUCUAGCUGCCUCAAACCUUGUUUUGUGUAGCAAACUUUAAAGAGUGUUUCGGGUUAAACCUUUGAUGAACUUAAACUGUUGGAAUGAAGGGCAGAAAACAUAGUUAUGAGGAUGGCAAUCAUUUAAAUCAAAUCUGGAUGUGACAUUUGGAAGCAGCUUGUUUUUAAAAAUAAAUAAAUGUGAUCAUCUUCUAGA